UGCAUGAAAUGCAGCUUCUUGUUUUGAAAAUUAUACGUGAUUUAUUUUGUCACCUCUCAUGGAUGAACUCAAUGAAUGAAAUACAGUGUAGGCUACUACAUAGGGUACUAUAUAUUGUGUUGUGUUUUUAUAUGUAAUGCAAGACCCACGGGAGUGUGACUGGGGAAGAGUUCGAUGACUGACGUCAGGAGAAGCCGAGAGGAGCAGAGGCAGCGAGCGCAGACCGAUAUCGCCAACGUUAACACACAACCUGCACCGGUGCGCUUCACUAGCAAAUUAAACUGCUGCGUCUUUUACAACUUCUCCACCAUAAACACAAUACUGUUACAACAACGGGACGACAUCGGAGAGGCUCUACGCGGCGCGAUGAACCACAACAGUACUGUUAACCAGAACGUCAGUCUGCCCGCUCCAAACAGCGGCUCGGGGAGCAUUGUGGAUGAGCUGGUUAUCACCUCCACUUUCGGGACCUUGUUGUCGGUCGUCUACAUAGUCGGCGUGACGGGGAAUGUGUACACUCUGGUAGUGAUGUGUCAUUCUAUCCGCUUCGCCACCUCUAUGUGCAUCUCCAUCAUUAAUCUAGCGCUAGCGGAUCUCCUGUAUCUCUCCACCAUCCCGUUCGUGGUGUGCACCUACUUCCUCAAAGACUGGUACUUCGGAGAUGUGGGCUGCCGCAUUCUCCUCAGCCUGGACCUGCUCACCAUGCACGCGAGCAUCUUUACCCUCACUGUGAUGUGCACGGAGCGAUACCUGGCCGUCACCAAGCCCCUGGACACGGUCUGGCGCUCCAAGAGCUACCGCAAAGCCCUGGCCUGGGGGGUCUGGCUUCUCUCCCUGGUCCUCACCUUACCCAUGACGGUCAUGGUCACGGAGACCACCAAGAGCGCGCCCGACGGAGCAGUGAAGAGGAUGUGCGCGCCAACCUGGGCACCCCGGGCGUAUAAGAUCUACCUGACCGUUUUAUUUGGCACGAGCAUCGUGGCGCCUGGGUUGAUUAUCGGCUAUCUGUAUACAAAGUUAGCCGGCACUUAUUUAGAGUCCCAGAAGAACUCAGUCGUCAACAAAAGGAACAUGCGAUCCCCGAAGCAGAAAGUCUUGGUAAUGAUUUUCACUAUAGUUCUGGUGUUCUGGGCGUGUUUCCUUCCGUUCUGGAUAUGGCAACUGUUCCCGUUGUACCACAACAAACCGUUAAGCCUAGCCUCUAACACGCGCACCUGUAUUAACUACCUGGUGGCCUGUCUCACCUACACCAACAGCUGCAUUAACCCUUUCCUCUACACCCUCCUCACUAAGAACUAUAGGGAAUACCUGAAGAACAGACACAAGAGCUUCUACCGCUACACGUCGUCGUUUAAGCAGCGUACUCCCAGCUUGUAUUCCUGCGGGAAGUCGGCAUCCUCCUCGAAUCAGUUUGAGUUUAACUCGGAGAUCCUGGUGAUGGGGACUGUGAGGGGACAGUGA